AAAACAGAGCUAAAAGAGAGUGAGUAUUGGACUUAGAUUCACCACUAGUUUCCAGUCAUUCAGUAUAUAGUUAUUUACUAUUUUGUUUAAAUUGCAGACAAAUUACUGGGUAAUUAUUAGUCAAUUUACAUAUUUAUCAAGGAAAUUUCUGACUUUUUUCACACUAGUUUGUCAUAAUUUCAUAUCAGAAAUGGACAAAUUACUGGGAAAUGUAUUAAUCAAGGGUUACUUAAUAUUGUAAUAAUGACUUCUUUAUUUGUUUAUACACACUGCAUCAGUGUUUCUACUGGCUGAGAAUUCACACAUUUUCUGUCGUACGACAUUAAAUUCAACUUAAAAUUAGUCUUUGACUCAUGUACAAAACUGGGUCAAGAGAUACGGUCAUAAUGCAGGACACACCUUAGUUGAUAUAAAGUACUUAAGUUCAGCUUAAGGUGCAAUUUCCCUGACGAAAUGCGCAACUGUGUGACUCAGGCUCGAUAAAGAACCUCUCAGAGUGUAUAUUUUUAUGACUGGAGGAAUUAUUGGAGGAGAAAAUCAGCAGCUGGCAGGACGACAGACCUUCCCUUUAAAAAAAUGCGAAGUGCCACUUCCUUAUUUGUUCCUAACAAAGGUUAUAAAAAGAGUAAUCAGUCUGCUGCACUCUGUACUUUCCUCCUUUACUGUUUCCUGCUUCCUCCUGUAAUAUCACAUUAAACACUCACACACAACACACACACAGACACAUUUUUCACCAUGGGGAACUUUGCUGCAAAUGAGGGACUCUCCAUCUUUGUUAUUCUGGUUUGGCUGGGGAUCAACGCGUACCUGUUUGUCCAAUUCUACAUGAACUUCCUGGUCGAGAGGUGGUUUUACACUCGAGUGCUUCUCGGGCAAGCUCUCUCCUGGGCCAGAGCUCCUGCCGCCUGCCUCAACUUCAACUGUAUGCUCAUCCUGUUGCCAGUUUGCAGAAACCUGCUCUCCUUCCUCCGUGGCACCAUUCAGUUAUGUAGCCGCACAGCUGCUCGCCAACUGGACCGAAACCUCACUUUUCACAAACUGGUGGCUUAUAUGAUCGCCUUUCAUACAGCCGUGCACAUUGUUGCACACUUGUUUAACUUUGAGUAUUUCAUGGAUGCCCAGCUGAAUCGCAACAGCAGCCUUCUUACCUUCGUCUUGUCUGAAAUUGGUAACGGAGACAAUGCCGCCUUCCUAAACCCCAUCAGGACCAAUGAGACGAACCCUACCAUCGUCAUGUUCACCACCAUCGCCGGACUGACGGGUGUGGCCAUCACGCUGGCCCUCAUCCUCAUCAUCACUUCAUCCAUGGAGGUCAUCCGAAGGUCGUACUUCGAGGUGUUCUGGUACACCCACCACCUCUUUGUCAUCUUCUUCAUCGGACUGGUGUUCCACGGCUACGGGCGGAUCGUGCGAGGACAGACACUAGCUAGCCUGAAGACAAAUAAGCCUGACGAGUGUGAAACCCAGUUUAUGGACUGGGGGAAAACUGGGUCCAACUGUACUGUGCCAGUGUUUGCCGGAAACCCGCCAGGGACAUGGAAGUGGGUUUUGGCCCCAAUGAUCCUCUAUGUUUGCGAGAGGCUCGUCCGCAUCUAUCGAUCCCACCAGAAAGUCGUCAUCACCAAGGUGGUGAUGCACCCCUCCAAGACUCUGGAGCUGCAGAUGAAGAGGAAAGGUUUCCACAUGGAGGUGGGUCAGUACGUCUUCAUCCAGUGUCCAUCCGUCUCCAGGCUGGAGUGGCACCCCUUCACCCUGACCUCGGCCCCCGAGGAGGACUUCUUCAGCGCCCACAUCCGUAUUGUCGGCGACUGGACUCAGGCACUGUACGAGGCCUGCGGAGGAGACAAAACCGAGCCUCAGGAGGCCUGGAACUUACCCAAGGUGGCCAUAGACGGCCCGUUUGGUACCGCCAGUGAGGACGUGUUUCGUUAUGAGGUGGUCAUGCUGGUUGGUGCAGGAAUUGGCGUGACUCCUUUCGCUUCCAUCCUCAAGUCUGUGUGGUACAAAACCAUCCAGAACAACCAGGAUGUCUUCACCAAGAAGAUCUACUUCUACUGGCUGUGUCCGGAGACGCAGGCCUUCGAGUGGUUUGCAGACCUGCUGCAGGUCCUGGAGGGCCAGAUGGCGGAGAAGGGCAUGACCAACUUCCUCAGCUACAACAUCUACCUCACCCGCUGGAAGGAGACCGAGGCUGCUCACUUCCGUGUUCACCAUGAAGCAGAAAACGAUCCAAUCACAGGGCUCAAACAGAAGACUCUUUAUGGGAAACCCAACUGGGACAAUGAGUUCACCAAUAUUGCCACAAAGCAUCCGGGAACUAAAGUUGGAGUUUUCCUGUGUGGUCCGCCUCAGUUGGGCAAAUCUCUGGGGAAACAGUGUCGGUCUCACUCAGAAGCCGACGUCAAGUUCAUCUUCAACAAAGAAAACUUCUAAAAAAAAACUUCUGGACGACGACCAGUACAACAUAAACGGCGAGGAAACUUCCCAAGUAGCAGUGGGGUCAUGGGGUCAUCAGGGCUCCAGCACGUUAAAUCACAAUAUUUGUCUUGUUUGAUGUUUUUUGAAUGUUGUAGAAUUCAGUUUGGAGGCUGCAGUGUUUCUCCAUCAAAACUAAAAAUGUCUGGCAGCUCAUCACCAACCGCUCUCCUCCUCACCACGUUUUGCAAAGAUACCGUUCUUGCUCAAAAGCGAGAAAAUUAACGCUGCGGUGUUUUCCACAUUUCCUUCUUCUCCUUUUGUGUUACAUCAAAAGAUGAAGCUCUGCUGAUUUCAAAACUGUCCUUCCUGUUUCUGUCAUUUCAUUUACUUUUCUCUGUGCUUGGACAAGGUCACGAUGUCUGAGGAGGUUCUUAAACAUGGUGAGGAAAAUAAUGCUUAAAAGAGCCGAAUCGCUUUUUAGCAAGGUACUGAAACUUUGGCUGCUACAUGGCAGCUGUCGAGUAGCUCACAGUGUGAGACUGAGC